CAUAUAGAAGAUAAAAUAUUUCAUUUUUCUUAAUAGAAUUUAUUAUCCAAACUGAAAUGCACAGUGACGAAGCCGACAAACAAGAGCAUUUUUGGAGCGAAGGCAAAAAUGUUGAGUCAUUUCUUCAAACAGUUGUUCUACACGAUAAACACUCGCUGCUUCCCCAAACCCUCUCGCCAUCUCGCUCACCCAUUUCCCUCUCCUCUCCCUCUCUUCUUCAUAAACCGCAAACCCACUGAGCCAUGCAAUCCCAGCUCCUUCCCUGCAAACAUCUCGGCGUCUCUUUCUUCUUCAUCCUCUUCUUCCGAGGCUCUUUAUACCGGCUCCUUCGUUUCUCCUUACCUCUCAGUUCGGAUUCGCUGUCCAAAUGAUGCUGCGGAUACACUUUCAGAAGCUCUUUUAUGCUUCGGUGCAAGUUCGACCACUAUCGAUGAGAAAGAUGUCAAUGAGAGUUCUGAUGAGACUUGUAUUGAUUCCAUAUUUCCUGAAGGCCAUGACGUGAAAAUAUGCAUUUUACAUGCUGCUGAUUCCAUAGGCUUGAAGGACAUACCUAGUUAUGAAAUUAAGAUGGGCGAGCAAUAUGACUGGAUAAAGAAAACUCAGGAAUCAUUCAAUCCAGUUGAAGUUACAGAAGGACUUUGGAUUGUACCUGAGUGGAGAACUCCCCCUGAUGUUCAAGCAACAAAUAUAAUACUGAAUCCUGGAUUAGCAUUUGGAACUGGUGAGCAUCCCACCACUAAAUUGUGUCUCUUGCUGCUUCAUAGCUUGAUCAAAGGGGGAGAACUUUUCUUGGACUAUGGCACAGGUUCUGGAAUUCUUGCAAUAGCAGCAAUUAAGUUUGGAGCUGCCACCUCAUUUGGAAUUGAUAUAGAUCCUCAAGCAAUUGCUUCUGCAUGCCAGAAUGCUGCUCUGAACAACAUAGGACCUGAUAAAAUGCGAGUACAAAUGGCUCCUGCCAAAAGGUCUAUAGACAUUGAUUCAUGUGGAGCUGUGGAAGAACAGGGGUUGUAUGGAAUGAAAGCGAAUCCAGAAACAGAGAAGUAUGACAUUGUUGUAGCGAAUGUGCUUUUGAAUCCUCUAUUGGAUUUAGCAGAAAAUAUAGUCUCUUACGCCAAGCCUGGGGCAGUGGUUGGUCUUUCUGGUGUUCUAUCUGAGCAGCUUCCACAUAUUAUAGAGCGAUAUACAGAGUUAUUGGAAGGCAUAUCCGUGUCAGAGAUGGAUGGUUGGGCAUGUGUGCAUGGCACAAAAAAAUCAACCCCUAGUGAUUGAUGGUGAAACUUUGAGCUUUCUUCAACCUGUACAGCCAGAAGCAUUACUCCAUUAGAAAGUUGGACGGUCAUCUUCGAACAGCGCCUUUCCUUUUUAUUCUUAUUUUUUCCUUUGAUUGUAAAUUAUUUUCUUUUAUUGUAUAUUAUUUCCUGACAUGCAGGAAUGGCUAAAACAAACAGUUGUUUUGAGGAUCUGUCUAGCCAGAGGGAGCACAGUAUUCAAUGUAAAAAUUUUGUCAACUUUCA